AUGGCCAGCACCAUGUCCGCCUACAGGGAGAAGAUGAAGGAGCUGUCCGUGCUGUCCCUCAUCUGCUCCUGCUUCUCCCCGCGGCCGCACCCCAACACCAUCUACCAGUAUGGGGACAUGGAAGUGAAGCAGCUGGACAAGCGGGCCUCUGGCCAGAGCUUCGAGGUCAUCCUCAAGUCCCCUUCCGACCUGUCCCCUGAGAGCCCUGUGCUCUCCUCCCCCCCCAAGAGGAAGGACACCUCGCUGGAGGAGCUGCAGAAGCGGCUGGAGGCAGCUGAGGAGAGGCGGAAGACGCAGGAGGCGCAGGUGCUGAAGCAGCUGGCGGAGCGGCGCGAGCACCAGCGCGAGGUGCUGCACAAGGCGCAGGAGGAGAGCAGCAACUUCAGCCGCCUGGCGGGCGAGAAGCUCAACCACAAGAUGGAGCUCAGCAAGGAGAUCCGCGAGGCGCACCUGGCGGCGCUGCGAGAGCGCCUGCGCGAGAAAGAGCUGCACGCGGCCGAAGUGCGCAGGAACAAGGAGCAGCGUGAGGAGAUGUCUGGCUAA